CUCUCAAAGUUGAACUUGUCUUACAAUCAGCUGGUUGGAAUGAUCCCUAAUGGAGGACAAAUGCAUACAUUUACAGAAAGCAGCUUCCUUGGAAACAUUGGUUUAUGCGGUUCUGCUGUCAACAGAUUAUGCAGUUCUUCUGCUUCCUCCCCACCUGAUUCUCUAGUUGUGACGCCUGAGGAAAAAGAAUGGGUUUCUAAGAGUGACAUUUACAUCAGUGCUGCAAUAGGAUUUGUUGUGAGCCUACUUGUGAUGUACUGGUCACUUCUGCUGAAUAGAAAGUGGAGAGAAUGGUAUGGUUACCAUCUUCACAGAUUUGUUCUAAAAGUUUUUGAUCAGCAAGACAGAAGGCGAUCUCGACGAGGUCGUAGAUGAGUAGAUUGACAUUUGCCAAUGGUUUGUUGGAAUCAGAGUUGAAGCUCAUCAUGAACUUCAUGCUUUUUGAAUCUUCCACUUGUAAAUCAAUUAAGGCUUGCUUUUCCCUGUCAAGACUAGUAUUCAAAGUUGACAAUUUUUCCAGGACAAAAAAGAGCACAACUGAAGGAAUACGUCAACUAUAAAGGUUUUGUACAUUAUUUAAACGCCUACAAAGGACUAUGCAUUCCUUCAGCAAGUAGUUUUCAGC